AUGCUGAGGAAGAGAAGCAGGUCAAUUCAGAAGGAUCAACACCAAAUGGGUCAUUUGCCAAUUGCUGAUGCUGGGUCUGAUGUUUUGGGACACAAUCCCAAAAGCAACUCUUUUUUCAGUGUUCCUGGUCUGUUUGUGGGGUUGAGUUCUAAGGGUUUAAUAGAUUCUGAUUCAGUUAGGAGCCCAACUUCUCCUCUAGAUUUUAGGGUGUUUUCAAAUUUGGGCAACCCCUUUAGGUCCCCACGGUCCAACAGUGAUGGGCAGCAGAGGAGCUGGGGUAGCAGUAAAGUAGGCUUAAGCAUCAUAGAUUCUUUUGAUGAUGAUGUGAAGUUUUCUGGGAAAGUCCCUCGUUCAUCAGAGAUUUUCCCUCAUUCCAAAAUCAAAUCUCCUCUAGAGAAGGGUAGUUCUGAUGUUCUUUUUGAAAUUGGAGAAUCCCCAACAGAGCCUGAGUCAUUCGGAAAAAUCCGGUCCUGUUCAUUGGAUUCUGGUAGGGCAUUUUCAACCCUAUCAGGUUUAAGCAACCUUAACCCUAACUCCACUUCUGGAAAUUUUUGUAUGGAAAGUUUAACCACCCAACCAUUUAUUGGAGGGAGUCCAAAUUUAGCCACCCAAAUGAAUACUGGAUCUAUUGGGUCUAGCAAUGGGUUAGUUGGGUCUCUCUCAGCUAGUGAGAUUGAACUUUCUGAGGAUUAUACUUGUGUAAUUUCUCAUGGUGCCAAUCCCAAAAAAACUCAUAUCUUUGGUGACUGCAUUUUGGGAUGUCACUCUAAUGACUUGGGCAAUUUUGGUAAGAAUGAGGGAAAGGAAAUUGGAUUUGCCCGCCCGGGCACGAGCUUGGGGAAUUUUGUCCAGUACCCCUCAAACAAUUUCUUGAGCUUUUGCUACUAUUGUAACAAGAAAUUGGAAGAGGGGAAAGACAUCUACAUAUACAGGGGUGAGAAAGCAUUUUGCAGUCUGAGUUGCCGCUCCGAGGAGAUUUUAAUUGAUGAGGAAUUGGAAAAAUGCAAUGACCAGUCUUCUGAGAAACCUCUUGAGUCAGAUGAGGAACUCUUUGAAACUGGCAUCAUUGCUGAUAAGUAA